AUGAAUUCAAUCAUUAUUGCUCUUUAUUGUUUGAUUUUUCUUGUUGUACAACAAAGGAUUAAUGCUAUCAAUUGCUAUUCUUGUGUUAUGGGUACGGAUGGAUGUGGUCCAUCAUUUAAUACACAAGGUAGUGGAGUGAUAACAACAACAUCCAAUACAAGUGCUGUUUAUUGUACAAAAACAGUAGUUACUAGCAAUACCAAUGCUAUAACGCGUCACUACUUGGCUACAGGACUCUGUACUGAGGGAAGUAAUCUACAGAGUGAAUAA